AUGGAAGAGCAAAAAGGUAGAAGGGGCGCCACAGCUGACGACGGCUGGCGCGUUGAUACCGCGUUGACGUUUAUACUUAAUACCAUGAGUGAGAAAAAAAAAGGUGGAACAUUGUUUUCAUUUUUCAAUAAGAGAACUAAAAAUGAUGCUAGUGAUGAUAAUAUAGUAGUCGAUAAAGAUAUUCUAGAUGAUCCUGAUCCUGAAACACCAGAUGUUAAUGUUAUUAAGAAUUCAGCAAAAUUGAAAAAAAAUGUAACUGAGCAUAAUAUGAAUGCAUAUGAUGUUGGAUUAUGUGUUGAUAAAGAACUUACUGAUGAGGAAAAAUUUAAUUUUUGUAAAAAUGCAUGGAGUCCCGUGGCAGGUUAUAAGUUUCCAGUUAUAAAACAAGGAAAUCAAAACCGAAGCUUUCAAUUAGAUUGGUUGAGGCGCUAUCACUGGUUGGCUUAUAGUGAACUAAAAGAAGGUGGCUUUUGCAAAUGUUGUGUGCUUUUUGCCCCAAUAGGUGGUGGUAGAGGAUGUCAGGUUUUAAAGAUGUUUGUUAAAGAACCUUUUAAUAAUUAUAAAAAAGCACCUGAACUUUUGAAACAUCAUGCAACAACUCAAUAUCAUUUAUUAGCUUCUGAAAAGAGUUCUGCGUUUAUACAAAAUUAUAAAACCGGUGGAUCAGUUGAAGUAAUGCUCAGUAACAAAGUAUCAUCAAUCAUGGAAAAUAAUAGAAAACGACUUGUACCAAUAAUAAAAACUAUUAUUUUUUGUGGACAUAAUAAUCUUUCGUUAAGAGGUCAUAGAGAUGAUGGUUUAUUGGAUAUUGAUUCAGCCUUAGUAGGAAAUCAAGGCAUUUUUAGAAGUCUUUUAGCAUUCAGAAUUGAUUCAGGAGAUAAAGAGCUAACUGAUCACAUAAACAGCUGUAAAAAAAAUGCAACUAUGAUUAGUAAAACUAUUCAAAAUGAAAUAAUUGACAUUUUGUAUAAAGCCAUUAUUGAGAAAAUUAUAAUCAAUGUAACAAAAAACAAGUACUUUUCUAUAUUAUGUGAUGAAACUACAGAUAUCAGCACAAAAGAACAAAUGACUUUUUCAGUCAGAUACGUUGACAUGGAGGAGAUUGAAAUCAAAGAAGAGUUCCUUGGAUUUAUUGAGUUAGGUUCGACAACUGGAUCUGCUAUAAGAGAUACUAUAAUCAAACAAAUUGAGUGCUAUAAAUUAAGCUUAAAGAAUCUUCGUGGCCAAGGAUACGAUGGUGGCUCAAAUAUGUCUGGUAGAAAAAAUGGUGUACAGGCACUUAUUUUAGAAGAUCAGCCUUUGGCAGUAUAUACCCAUUGUUUCAAUCACCAAUUGAAUUUAUGUAUUUCCAAAGCAUGCGAAGUACAAGCUAUUAGAAAUUUGGUUGGUAUUAUUGGCACUGUAUCUGUUUUUUUAUCUACAUCUGCCAAAAGAACAAAUAUUAUGUUGGACAUUAUUUCAAAAGAUGAUUCAAUACCAGCCCCCUCAAAAACAAAACUUAAAGCCUUGUGUGCUACCCGGUGGGUUGAACGACAUGAUUCUAUUCUAACUUUCCGAGAACUUUAUUCGUAUAUUAUUUUAACUUUAGAAGAACUGGAAAAGAUGCCUGACUCUGAGACUGCAUGUAAAUCAAUUGGUUUCAGUGCAAGUAUUAAACGAAGUGAAUUUUUAAUAUCUUUAGAAAUUGUAGCUAACUUAUUUUCUCAUACAAAAACGUUAAGCUUAGUACUACAAAGCCCUAAAUUGGAGUUAUCUAAAGCUUUUUCUCAUGUUAAGAAUGUAAUUGAUGUUAUGGAUGAUAUUAGAGAAAAUUCUGUAUCCAAAUUCGAAACAUAUUUUAAAAAUGCUUCUGAUAUGGCAGCUCUUGUUGGUGAGGAAAUCAGAAUACCUCGUUUAUGUGGACGUCAAACAACACGAUGUAAUAUUCAAACGACUGAUCCAAUAGAAUGGUAUAGGAUAACCAUUUUUUUACCUUUUAUUGAUCAUUUAAUUUCCGAACUAAAAUUAAGGUUCAAUGAAAAGUUAAGUGAAGUAAUGCCUUUAGAAGGAUUGAUUCCUACACAUAUUGAUAAAUAUGAUGAAUCAAAUAUUAUUAAAGCUGCGAUGAUAUAUAGUGAAGAUUGGUCAGGUCAAAAAUUGGAUAUAAAAUCAGAAAUAUCAAUCUGGAAGAAAAAGUGGCACAAUAUUCAAACUAUGAAACCCGAUACGGUGAUCGAAACAUUAAAACACUGUGAUGAAUUUUUUCCUAUCAUUAAAACAUUAUUACAUUUAUUGGCUACCAUACCAGUUACUACAGCUAGUGCAGAAAGAAGUUUCUCUUCAUUAAGACGCCUAAAAAAUUAUUUGAGGUCAACCAUGGGACAGGAGCGUUUAAACGGUUUAGCUAUUUUAAACAUUCAUAAAAACAUACCUAUAAAUAUUGAUGAAGUAAUUAAUAUAUUUUCAAGAUCAUCUAGAAGAAUAAAAACGGAGGAUUGGUCAAUUUAA